CCAGGGCGAACAAGCAGAGCCAUCAGCUGAUGCAGCCGCCGCCCAGGGCGACCAAGCAGAGCCAUUAGCAGAUGCAGCCGCCGCCCAGGGCGACCACGCAGAGUCAUCAGCAGAUGCAGCUGCACCCCAGGCUGAUCAAGCAGAGCCAUCAGCUGAUGCAGCUGCAGCCCAGGCUGACCAAGCAGAGCCAUCAGCAGAUGCAGCCGCCGCCCAGGGCGACCAAGCAGAGCCAUCAGCAGAUGCAGCCGCCGCCCAGGGCGACCAAGCAGAGCCGUCAGCAGAUGCAGCUGCAUCCCAGGCUGAUCAAGCAGAGCCAUCAGCUGAUGCAGCUGCAUCAGCAGAUGCAGCCGCCACCCAGGGCGACCAAGCGCAGCCAUCAGCAGAUGCAGAUGCAGCCCAGGCUGACCAAGCAGAUUCAUCAGCUGCAGCUUCACCACACAGCGAUGGCGCGGAGCCUAGGUCUCCACAGGCAGACUCCUCACCCGCCAAGUCCACCAAGACUUCAGCGCCGAACCGGGCUGCUGGUGCUCGGAAUGUCCAGAGAUCCCGGAGCGCGCCAGCAAAAGGAGCAGCCAUUCCAGGCGCCUACAAAGCCACUAUUGAUCUGCCGCCCAAGUGGACAAUGCGAGGAAGGACCACCUUUGGCUCUCCAUUCAAGAGUGGCCGACAAGCGGAGGAGGGUGGCAUGGCUGGAGAUAUGAGCUCCAAGUACAACGAGAUUAGACCCCGGGCGCCAGCAUAUUCCAUGAUUCCCAGGUCCUCCGGCAUAACAAAGCCACCUGACCAGCCUGGGCCAGGACAUUAUGCACAGCCCAGCACGUUGUAUGGCUCACACCCUCAGCUGCCAGUGCCAGGCAGAGUCUGCAAGUCCACCCAGAGAAGAACUGGCCCAACGGACCAGCUCGGAGAAAUGAAAAACAACCCCAGCCCACACGACUACAACACAGUUUGCUCCGGGGCAAACUCAGGUCACAAGUUUGGGCGGGCAGAUCAAGCAUCCGCGCCCAAGUACACCAUGCGAGAGAAGGUGUCCUUUGGAUCUCAAUUUAAGGAUUCUUCAAAGGCAGACGAGGGUGGCAUGGCUGGAGAUAUGAGCUCCAAGUACAACGAGAUUAGACCCCGGGCGCCAGCAUAUUCCAUGAUUCCCAGGUCCUCCGGCAUAACCAAGCCACCUGACCAGCCUGGGCCAGGACAGUAUGCACAGCCCAGCACGUUGUAUGGCUCACACCCUCAGUUGCCAGUGCCAGGCAGAGUCUGCAAGUCCACCCAGAGAAGAACUGGCCCAACGGACCAGCUCGGAGAAAUGAAAAACAACCCCAGCCCGCACGACUACAACACAGUUUGCUCCGGGCCAAACUCGGGUCACAAGUUUGGGCGGGCAGAUCAAGCAUCCGCGCCCAAGUACACCAUGCGAGAGAAGGUGUCCUUUGGAUCUCAAUUUAAGGAUUCUUCAAAGGCAGACGAGGGUGGCAUGGCUGGAGAUAUGAGCUCCAAGUACAACGAGAUUAGACCCCGGGCGCCAGCAUAUUCCAUGAUUCCCAGGUCCUCCGGCAUAACCAAGCCACCUGACCAGCCUGGGCCAGGACAGUAUGCACAGCCCAGCACGUUGUAUGGCUCACACCCUCAGUUGCCAGUGCCAGGCAGAGUCUGCAAGUCCACCCAGAGAAGAACUGGCCCAACGGACCAGCUCGGAGAAAUGAAAAACAACCCCAGCCCACACGACUACAACACAGUUUGCUCCGGGGCAAACUCAGGUCACAAGUUUGGGCGGGCAGAUCAAGCAUCCGCGCCCAAGUACACCAUGCGAGAGAAGGUGUCCUUUGGAUCUCAAUUUAAGGAUUCUUCAAAGGCAGACGAGGGUGGCAUGGCUGGAGAUAUGAGCUCCAAGUACAACGAGAUUAGACCCCGGGCGCCAGCAUAUUCCAUGAUUCCCAGGUCCUCCGGCAUAACCAAGCCACCUGACCAGCCUGGGCCAGGACAUUAUGCACAGCCCAGCACGUUGUAUGGCUCACACCCUCAGCUGCCAGUGCCAGGCAGAGUCUGCAAGUCCACCCAGAGAAGAACUGGCCCAACAGACCAGCUCGGAGAAAUGAAAAACAACCCCAGCCCACACGACUACUACACUUGAGCAACCCCAAAGCCCAAUUCAGCUCCGUUUGAGCUUGGCAUCCCGCGCUGGAAAGGAAAGGCAACCCCUACCGCGAGUCCGACCCGUUAACGACGGUCUUCGGCCGGGCACCGGCCGUUGAAGAGCGAAAGCUC